AUGGAAUUGGCUGAGCGGGGGAGGCGGGCAAUGAAGAUGGAGCUAUUGGAGCAAACAGAGAAUACAGAAGGAGGUUUGAACCUUCAGGCAUUCGGAGCAAUGUUUGGCCGACAGCAGCCGAUUAAUACAUGGUGGGGUUGAUAAAACUAAACUCGGAGAAAUACGGAGCAUCAAAGGAACACAAGAGGGGGACAAGCAAUAACAGCAUCGAGUAUAUGUAGGAGACUUAAUAAGAGUAGGGAGGAUGGAUAAAAUAUUUCCCCUACUUGAAAAAAAAAAUAAACGCAGAACGAGAGAAAUUGUCUGGACUGGCCUGGACACAUCACUCCAUCGCGGUGUCUUGUGCGAUUAACAUCGUUGUACCGCGUAGUAUAAAUUAAAAAAAAAAUAAUAUUAUUAUUAAAUUCAUCUUCUUCUGCAUCUUUAAAUUUAUUUUUUUUCUCUCAACUAUUGUGAGACACAAACACUUUGCGUGUGUGCAUUUUGUAUUAUUUUUUUUUUUUGUUCUUUUGGUGAAUUGUGAUUUUUUAAAAUAAAUUAUUAUUUAAUUUAUGUGUAAUUAAAUAAACUGUGAUUUAUUUAAUUUAUAUUGAUUUCGAUAUAAAUAAGUUUUUUCUUUUAUUAUUUUUUUUUUUUUUUGAGUGAUAAGUGUUAUUUGAAAUUUAAAUUAUUGAGUCAAUGUGAAUAUGGAAAUUUUGUGUUGAAACUAUUAUUUUUUUUUUUCUCAAAUUUAUGUAUUUACAAUAUUUUUUGAAUAUUAAAAAAAUUUAUAAACGAUUUGUGCAUGUGGAUUAAUAAUAUUAAUAAUCAGCAUGGAUUUUUCAACUAAAAAAUUGCAUAAAGUGACGAUUAAAAGUUUACCGGAUCUUCAAAAAACAAGUCAAAUUCAAGCAUCAAAAUCACCAAUUGAAAAAUCACCAGAUUAUAAAAUGGCAACUGUAUCAAUGUACACACCUGAACAAUACAGAAUGGAUUUACCAAGUUCACCAGAAAGUGAUAACAGCCGUGCUGAAGAUUUAUCAUGUCAACAUUGUCAAAAAGUAUUUUAUUCAAUAUCAUCACGUAGAGAACAUGAGUUGACUCAUUCAACACCAUCAAAAAUAAAUUUAUAUGAACGUAAUUGGCUAAAUGAACAUAUACCACUAAUUGACAAAUCACAAUUAAUAAAUUCAAUGGAUUCUGAUAGCUCUGGAUCAGAUAACAACUCAAUGAAAAAUAUAAAAAAAUUAUACAAACGUAAAAGUAAAGAAUAUAAUAAUAAUCUUGACCUAUCAUCAGACAUUGAUUCACCAAAUAAAAAAUUAUUAUCAAAUAAAUCACUAAUUGAUGAUUGGAAAAAAUCAAUGUAUUUAUAUAAUUGCCCGGUAUGUAAUAAAAUGAAUUAUUUAGAAAAAUCACUUGAUGAACAUAUUAAAAAAAAUCAUCCAAAAUAUAAUACAACAAAAAUAACAACAACACCAACAAAACGUACAUAUAAUUUAUGUGAUGAUUAUGAAUUAAAUAAUGAUAUACGUACUAAUAAAAAAAUUAAAUCAUUAUCUGGUUUUCAAGAUUUAAUAUUUACUGAUUUUACAUCAAAUAAAUUUACAACAAUUGCACGUUCAGCAUGUGAAAAGUUAUUACAUCAUCCAGUUGCUGGUGAUACAUUACCAUUUCAAUGUAUAAAAUGUAAACGUGGUUUUCCAUGUAAAUCAGCACUUGAUGAGCAUGAAAUUGAUUGUGGUAUUGAUCGUAUUAUUAAUAACAAUAAUAACAAUAAUAUUAAUAAUAAUAAUAAUAUAAAUAACAAUAGUAAUAUUAAUAAUAAAAUACAACAACAAAAUCCAUCAUUAUUUGAUAAUAAUAAUCAAUUACAAAGAACUCAAUUUUUUCAACAUCUUGAUUUACGUAAUAAAGAUAAUGUAACAACAACAACAACAACGACGACAAAUGAUGAAAUAAUUGAAAAUAGUAAAGAUUUAGCUGACAUAUCAAGUAUAAUAUCAAUGACAACAUCAGCAAGAUCAUUUUUACCACGUUCAGAUACAUCAACACCAGAUCAACAUAUUAAAUUAAAUAAUAAUAAUAAUAUUAUGUCAUCUGGUUCAUCUGGUCAUGCAUCAUCUGAAUGUCAUGAAGAAGAAGUACAAGAUCCAUAUGUUUAUGAAUUUCGUAAAAUGAAAUUAAAAAAUGAAUUUCCAUGUCGUUUAUGUGAUCAAGUAUUUCAAAAUUUACGUGCACUUAAAGGACAUAAUCGUGCACAUUUAAAUGUUGAUAAUGGUGAACCAUAUCCAUGUAAUAUGUGUCCAUUUACAUCAACAGAUAAAGCAACAGUACAACGUCAUUUACGUAAUCAUAAUGGUGAUAGACCAUUUGAAUGUCAAAUUUGUGGUUUUGCAUUUACAACAAAAGCUAAUUGUGAAAGACACAUAAGAAAUCGUCAUGGUAAAACAACACGUGAUGAUAUUAAACGUGCAUUAAUAUAUAAUCCAAUUGAUGAUACAACAAAUGAUAAUAUUGAUAAUAAUAAUAAAAUAACAUCACGUAGUAAUGGUAGUACAACAACAACAACACCAACAAUAACACGUGAUGAAAAUAGAAAAAAUAUUAAUUAUCCAUAUAAAAAUGAUGAUCAUCAUUUUAAUUUUCAAAAUUUUCAACCAUCUGUUAUUGGUGAUUAUACACAUUUACAUAAUAAAAUACAAAAUCUUGCUGUAGCAUCAUUAAAUAAAAUUAAAACAAAUGAUCAUUAUAAUAAUAAUAAUAAUAAUAAUGAUGAUUUAUAUCGUAAUACAAUAAUUAAUCCAAUUGAAUUAACUAAACGUAUGUCAAAUGAUUAUGAUAAUGAUGAUAAUAAUUCACAUUCAUCUGAUGGAAGUGUAUCACUAGUCAAUGAUACCAAAACUAUUAAUAAUCACCAAAGAAAUAAUAGUGAUGAUGAAGAUUUAGAUGAUGAUAAUGAUGAUGAUAAUAAUAAUGUUAAUAAUGUUAAUAAUGAUGGUGUUAAUAGUGGUGAAGAUGAAGAUGACGAUGAUGAUGAUAAUGACGACGAUGAUGAUGAAGACAAAAUAAUUAAUAAUGGUGAUGAUGCACCUCUUGAUUUGACAAUGGACGUACUUGAUUUAUCAAAAAAAUCAAACAACAACAAUAAUAAUGACAAUGACAAAAUUAAAAAUAACAAUAAUAAUAACAUUAUUAAUAAUAAUAAUCAUGAUACUAUGAACAAUGAUGAUGAAGAUGAUGAUGAUAAAAAUGAUAGUGUUGCUUAUCCAUUACAAGAUACAGAUGAUUACAGUAAAGAAUUGUAUGCAAGAUCACGACAUUAUUUAUUAUCACAAGCUUUAUUAAAAGCUGGACAACAUCAACAACAACAACAGCAGCAACAACAACAACAACAACAACAACAUGGCAAUCAAUCAUUGGAAGCAUUGUAUGCAAAUGCACAAUAUAUUUAUAGAAAUCUUGCUGGUUUUCCAGUAGCGUCAACAACAGCAGCAGCAUCAAAUAUUGGCAAUACAUUGAUACCACCAUAUAUGUUUAAUCCACAAUUUCAAGAUUAUGCUAUUAGAGAAAGAUUACAAAAAGAUUUUGUACGUGGUUUACAAUUAACAAGUGGUGGUAGUAUUAUUGAUACAACAAUAAAUAAUACAAAUUUUUCAGCAGCUGCUGUUGUUGCUGCUGCUGCAUAUGAAAAACAACGUACACGUGAUAUUAUUACAACAACAAAAAGACCAAUUGAUAUGCAUAAUAAUGAUUUUAUUAAAAUAACAACAAAUAUGCAAAAAAAAAUUAAACUUGAUAAUCAAAUUGAUAAAACACAAUCACAAUCAAAUUCAGUUAAAAUGGUAUUAAAAAAUGGUGUAUUAAUGCCAAAACAAAAACAAAGAAGAUACAGAACAGAAAGACCAUUUGGUUGUGAGCAUUGUUCAGCAAAAUUUACAUUAAGAAGUAAUAUGGAAAGACAUAUUAAACAACAACAUCCACAAUGUUGGACAUCAAGACCACGUGGUGGACAUUCAACACGUGGUAGACCACCAGCAAAUCCACCAACAUUAUUAAAAAAUUAUAAUCAUCAAAAUUCAACAUCAUCAUUAUCACUUGGUGAUUUAAUAACAAGAACAGAACAAUUAUCUAAUAACAAUAAUAAUAAAAAACAACAUAUUUCUGAUGAAGUUAAAUAUGCCAUACUUGCUCAACAAUUAAAAGGUAACAAUAAUAAUAAUAACAAUAAUAAUAAUAUUAAUAAUAACAAUAAUAAUGUUAAUAAUGAUUCAGAAGAUGAAGAACUUAUUAUUGAUGAAAAUAAUAUUGAUAAAAAUAUUGAUAAUCAACCAAUGAGUUUAUUACGUGGUAAACUUGAAGAAAAUCAAUUAAAAUCUGAUUCAAAUGAUAUUAUUAUUAAAAAUGAACCAAAUGUAGAAGAUUUAAAAAAAAAAAAAAAUGAUGAUGAUGAUGGUAGUAGUGUUGGUGAUGGUGGUGGUAACAACAGCAGCAGCAGCAGCAAUGAAGACAUUGAAAAAACAACAAUAAAAACAGAAGAUAAUAAUGCUGAUCUUGCAAGUGUAUCUGAAUUACUUGAUAAUGCAUCACAACAAUAUCAACAAUUUCAGCCACAAUAUAUGAGUGAUGAAGAGGGUCUUAUUGGUUCAAGUGAUUUUAAUAAUUCAGGAAGUGAUGAAAAAUCAGAUUCAGCAAAAUCAUGUAAAUCAUAUAAAUCAGGUAAAUCUAAUAAAUCAUUAUUAGAAAAAAAAAGAAGAAAGAAAAAAAAAUCAAAAUCAGCAUAUUCAUUGGCACCAAAUAGAGUACCAUGUCCAUAUUGUCAACGUGAAUUUCCAUGGUCAUCGUCACUUAAUCGUCAUAUAUUAACACAUACUGGUGAUAAACCAUUUAGAUGUAAUUUAUGUGCAUUAUUAUUUACAACAAAAUCAAAUUGUGAUCGUCAUAUGUUGAGAAAACAUAAAACAUCAAGUAAAUCAAAAUGUUUAAUGAAUUUAAAGCUAUCACGUCGUCAUAAUAAUCAUGAAAAUACAUUUAUUAAUAAUAAUAAUAUCAAUAACAUCAACAAUAAUAAUAAUAAUAAUAAUUGUUUUUCAAUGCGUAAUGUACCAGAAAGACCAUUUAAAUGUCAACAUUGUCCAAGUUCAACAUUUGCAACACAUGGUAAUUUAAAAAAACAUGUUGCUAAAAAACAUUCACAAAAUGGUAAAUCAAGAUCAGCUAGUCCAAUGAGUGAUGGAUCAUGUGAACAACAAAUACAUAGUCCAAUUGAUCAAUCAAUUCAACAAGAACAAGAUCAACAUUUACAAGAACCAUCACAAUUACAAACGCAACUACCACCACCACUACCACAACAACAACAACAACAAAAUGAUCAAAGUGGAUAUGAAAGUCAAUCAUCAAAUCAAUCUGGUUUUAAUGAUAGUGGAAAUAAAUCAUCAUCAGAUAUUAUUACAUUUAAUAAUAAUAAUAUAAAUAAAAAUACAAAAAGACCAUCACCAAGAGCUUCACCAGGACCAAGUGAUGUACCAUUUAAAUGUCAUCUUUGUGAUUGUAGUUUUGCCGAAAGAAAUGAAUGUUUAGAACAUAUUAAAAUUUUACAUCCAGAAACAUUUAAAAAACUUCAUGAUAAUGGUGCAUUUGAACAAAAUUCAGCAAAUUUAAAUGGACAAAAUAAAACAAAAUGUGAAGGAAAACAAAAAAAGAGUCAUGAUCACAGUAAUAGAAAGGUCGUUUGUGCAUUUUGUAUGCAUCGUUUUUGGUCAGCUGAAGAUUUACGUCGUCAUAUGCGUACACAUACUGGUGAACGUCCAUUUGAAUGUGAUAUUUGUGGUGUUGUAUUUUCAUUAAAACACAGUAUGUUACGUCAUCGUAAAAAACAUACAACACAAAAAAAUAGAAAAUCGAAUAAUGAACAUCACCAUGAUGAUGAUUUAUUAUCAGGACAACAAUUAACUGGUGUACAUGAACGUUUGUCAAUGUUAAAUGUUAACUCAACAGUUACUAGUGAGGCUGGACCAAGUGGAAUUAUGAGAUUUAAUUCUUAUGAUAAUUUAACAACGUUGACUAGUAAUAUGAGUAGUUCAAGUUCAACACCAGAUACAACACCCGACAAUAAUACUGAUCUUAUAUCAAAUUUACUUGGUAUUCAGGACAAAAGUAUUAUCGAUGAAGUACUUGAAGGUACACCAGACAAUGCUGCUAAACUUCUUGGUGUACAAAGAAAUUAAAUCAAUAGGUAUAAGACAAAAUUUAGAUUUCUUUUUUCUUCAUCUCAAAUCUCAAUUAAAUUUUAAAUAAUAAUUAUAUCAUAUAUAUAAAAUAAACGUUAGUUAGAAAAAAAAAUUAAAAAUAUAAAAAAAAAAAAAUAUAAAAUAUAUUAAAAAAAAAAAAAUUAGUUUGUACAGGAUAUAUAAAAAUAAUUUAUAAUUUUCUUAUUUUUAUGAAAUUAUAAAUUUCAUAUUAAUGGUUAAAAAAUAUUCACGUGAGUGCCUUUAAUUAAAUUAUAAAUAAAUACCACAAGAUUAAUAACGAUUAUUAUUUUAAAUAAUUAUCGAACUUGAUGGUUUAGUUGUAAAAUGUUUUUUUUUUGUCGAUAAUAAUAUCAACGUAAGUUUUAAGAAGAAUUGAAAAUAGUCAAAAUUGUAUAAUAGAAUUAUAUUAUCAACGACAAAAUAAUGUAAAUAUUUAAUAACUUUGCUUCAAUUAAUUAUUAAUCAAUUUUAUUUUGACUUAAUGGUUUUGGGUAAAACGAAGCAAUGAGACAAGCUAGAUUAUUUAAUUAAGAAAAUUAAUUAAAUAUUUCUAUCGUUGAGUAUAAAAAAAAAUGAAUUUAUAAAUUUUCUUUAUCGUAAUUAUUAGUAAUAAUUAAUUGAGUCUAUUGGUUGUGCCUUCUCUUGUUAAAUAUAUUUAUAACCACAAGAGUUAAAAAAUUAUGUAAAUAAAUUAAUUUCGUGUUGAAUGCGAGAAAAAAAAAAAAGA